CCCGCCCAGGCACCGCCAAGCCGCAGGGCGCAUCCCCGCCGGCGAACGUGCCGAGGCGCAACCCGGGCACGGUUCCAGGCCUCGCACGGACCGCCUCCUCCCUCCGCCAGGGCGCCUCGCUCUCCUCGCUCCCGGCCCAUCUCAGGAACCUCUCUGCGCCCCGCGUCCCCUCGCCCCUCGGCAAAGGCACCCCCGCCCGCCAGCUCAAGCAGUCCCUCCCCGUGCGCACGUCCAAGACCACCGAGCGCCAUGUCCUCCUGCCCGAGGACCCCCAGCUCGCGCCCCUCCACCAAGGCCCCGUCGAGGCCCCGUCCCCGCUCGCCACCCCCCCCAGGCGCGGCUCAGUCGGCAGCGCGCUCGGAAGGCACCCUGCCGACGAGCGCAGCGACGCCGAGAAGAUGACCAAGCGCGAGCGGGAAGAGAACAAGCUGCCCAGGCUCACUGCCUAUGCCACCGCCGAGGGCUACAAGCUCAAGGCGCUGCAGGCCUUUCUCAAGCGCGAACAUGGCGUGAGCGUCGUGCGGGUCUAUGACGAUUGCGUGUAUGCGAUCUACAACCUGCCCCUUCUUCCGGGAUACGCAACGACCAAAGUACGCUCGUCGCCCGUCGUCAAGUCGCCCGGCGGUGUCUCCCUCAUGGAGCGGAUGACCAUGGCCGAGGAGCAAGGCUACAACGACUCGUACUUUCCCCGCGAGGAUCCGACGGAAGCCACGCCGGCAGAGUAUAUUCUCUCCAGCUCUCCGUCUGGCGGCGACGGCAUAAGUGGCGUCGGCACCGAUCUAGACGUCCUCGCACAAGAUGGGGAAAGGGAGAGAGAAAUGCGCGAGGCUGAGCGCGAAGGCGAGCGGCCAACCACACAUUACGAAACCGUGAAACCCGAGGAUGAGUCUCACCCUCGUGAACACACGCACCAUGAUCCGGGGACACACCUAUCUCCCGACCACCCUGGCUACCUCGAGCACACCCCUUCCACAGCCCUCACACCCAUGGAUCUACCGCCACACCACCACCGCCGCCUAUCAACAGGCAUGCAAAUGCCAGAGGAAUACACGGCACACUCCUCUCCAAGGGCUCAGCACAGACCUCGUCGACGGAAAUCGCAAGCUUCUCUGAACAACGUGGCAGAAGCCAUAUUCUUCUCAUACGGUGUGUCCGUAUUCUUUGGAUUCAACGAAGGCGAGGAAAAGGAGAUCAUGGAGGAUGCAGAGACCGCCGGGGCUUGGACUCGAGGUCUAGGCGAAGACGACUGGGAAAUCGAAGAGUUCCACUAUGUGCACGACCCAGACGCCGAGAACCCUCGGAUCUACAACGACAUGUUUACAUUCAAAUCCCGCUCACACCUCUUCAAACUUUCUCUCGCGCACGCCAUUGCGCAGUCGACAAAACUGAGCAUAUACGAGUCUGUCAUGCAAGAGACGCUUUCACUUACCGCCUCAUUCCCCAAGGAACUGUCCAUAACAGGACACCUGCAGUUGACGAGGAGGGAAGCGCUCAAAAUGACAGGUAGAUUGUUCAAAUUGCGGAUGGACGUCAACUUGAGUGGCGGCAUCCUCGAUACUCCCGAGUUAUUCUGGUCAGAAGCUUCCCUCUUCCCACUGUACGAAGCCGUUCACGAGUACCUCGAGAUCGGUCCGAGGAUCCAGGUACUGAACGACAGGCUCGCAGUUGCCGGUGAUCUGCUCGAAAUCAUCCACGAGUAUAUCGAAGAGCAAGCAACCCAUCGACUCACUUGGAUCAUCAUCUGGUUGAUCGUCGUGGCGUGCUUUGUUGAACUGGGCGAAGUUAUCGCGAGAAUGAUCUUCCAUGCCAUACCAAGGGAACAGGGUGAAUUCUUGAUGCUCAAGGCUCCCCAGCUGUUGAUCGGCGCAGGUCAAAGCUUUGUCUAGAGGCCUUAUUAGAUGCGUGCGUGUGUAAUAAUAAAUAAAAACAUUUAGAAGCAGUAUUUUGUAUAUGUAUAUUGAACAUGUUACAUCCUACAGAUCAUCUCGCUGAUGCCUAUGGAGAUUGGCAGAGC